UGUCCAUGUAUUCUAGUAUUUUGGCGCGAAAUGUCAUAACCGUAAUCAUUACCGUGAUGAGCGAACGAUGACUGCAAUUUCAGGCCCCAAAACAUUUGUAACAAACUAAAACGAAUAUUUUCUGAAUUAUGAAAAAUAGGCUGUUAAAUAUCGACACGUAGCUGACCAAUAAAAUGACGACUACAGAAACAUCAGUAAACGUUCAUAGUGAUUUUCAAUCAAUGGCUGGUGAUGACUCGAGCUCAGGAGAUGAUGUUGUUGUACAGCGUAGAAGUAGAAGUAAAGUCUUACCUUCUGACGACGAAGGAGACGAAGGUGAUACUGAUUCUGCAGAACUGAAAAUGGUCGAUCGAAAUGUUGCCAGUCACAAGGAAACAACAAGUUUAAAUAAAUGUGAAGUGUCAGAUGUUGGAAAUAUAGGCUGUGAAGAUAAUGAGAUGUCAGAAGAUAUAUGUGGCGGUUCACAAAGUAAUGGCAAAAUAUCUAAAAGAUCCAAAGAAGAGCUAGACAUUUCUACAAAUUUUUCCAAAGCGAUAUCACAGAGUGAUGAUAAUGUCAGAAACGAAGAGAAGUCCUGGAAUCCAACUAGGCUUUCACGUAUUCUAGACAGUGAUUCUGAAGAUGAAGAUUUCAAUUCACUGUUUACACAAAAAGCGACCAGUAAAAUCAAGAAUUCUUCUCUGCAAACUCCUGGUUCCGAUGACUUUUAUCAAACAAUUGACGGUCAUAAGAGUGCAAACGGUAAUAAACUUAAAAGAGUCAUAGGCAGUGAUUCAGAAGAUGAGAAAGUCGCUGAUAAUAGAGAACUUUCAAGUAUUAUCAGUGUGGCUGAUAAAAUUAAAAAUAACAAAAAUAUCUUGAAGCCAGAUAAAAUCAGCGCACUAAUUGAUACGGAUUCUGAAGAUGAUCUCCCAACCAGGCGUGAAUUUGAAACAUCAUCAAAUGAAAAUGAGCAUUCCGCCACAUCGACUAAUGUUAUAAGCAAAAAAGGAAAGUCGGAGAAGAAACGAAGUGGAUCGAUCAGAGCAGCGAAGGAAGAAGCGAUGCGUGAGAUACAUAGUGAAACGCAGAGAAUGCUAAGAGAAAGCCAAGUUUAUCUACCUUAUCACAGACCCAAACAACGCACGCUACAAGAAUUUUUGAACAGGAAGAAAAGUUUGCCAAAACUACCUGCAACACUGGCUACUGCAGCGAAAGUUAGAAUGUCUGGUGAGCUUGUGGGCAAAGUUUUGGAGGAGAAGGAGAAAGAAGCAGAACUCUUUUACAAAUCAUCAUCAGAAUCUGAUAGCGAAGACCCUGGUUCCACUGCCACCAACACACAGCUACAAGCAAACGUUGUUAAUAAUGAUGUGAAAACUAUUCCUAUCGAAGACACUCAGAAAGUCACAACUAAUGACCUCCAAAAUUGCCAGAAUAAAAAAGAGAUUAUUAAACAAGGAGAUAAGAACAUUGGUGUGCCAAGGAAAUUGUUUAGCGCCGAGAAUGAAUUCAACGUAGCUGAUUGUCCCUCACCUGUUGAAGAUGAUGAUUUGGAAGAAAUGUCAAGUGUAAAUACACACCCCAAUCAACGACGUAAAGAAUUUAAACAUGGUCUAAAUAGUGUUAGCAUACCAAGAAAAUUAUUUGAAUCAGAAUGUGAGGAGCCAACGGAUGCAAAUUUUACAACAACCCAGGAAAGUCAGGAUAUCAAUACCGUUGACAAAGUUCAGGAAAAUUGCGAGGAAGGCAGUAAGCAAUUGACAAUUUUAAAUGAGUUAGAUCCGCUGGUAGAGAGUCAAAACGCUGAUCGACUUGUGGAAAAUCAAAACACUAGGAUAAACGAAUCAACCGAAGAUAAGGAAAAUUUUGAACUCAAAAUGUCAGAAGAUCCAUUUGAAUUGGUGGGGAAGAUGACAGAUCUGCAAAGCAAUAAAGUUACGAAAGUUGGUGAAAACAAAUUUGAAGCUAUAAUAGAUACGCCGUUCAUUAAUAAUCAUGAGGUUUUUGAAUUGAACGACAAAAAGAAAACAGAAUCUGAGAUACGUAUUGCUAAUGAAAUUUUAGCGGAGAAUAACAAGACUGAAUCUAAUGAACUUCACUUGGGCUCAUCAGAGUCUUCCGAAUUGUCAUCAAUUGCUAGCAAGUCACAGCGCAAUAAAGAAGAUCAAGAAUGUGAAGAUGAACCAAUAGGUCAUGUUUAUGGAUUACCACUACCAGAAUUCGAUGGUGAAAAGCCCAGAGUAAUGAAAACUUUAAUUCUACCAAGCAUUAUGAAAUUAAUUCCGAAACUUCAAGGGUCACCAGGUAUGAUGGUUGAACUGUCGUCUCCAAAAGCUGGUCUUGACGAAUUGAGGAAAAGAUUUUUAAAGCACUCUGUUAAAAAAACUUUCGAUUCUAGUUCAGAAGUUACUGUAAUGCACACAGAGCAGACCGCAAGUGGUCUCAAAGUUAUAAAUGAAGUUCUACCGUAUAAAGCACCAAGUAAUGAAAAUAACGAGGUUUCGGAAUUAAGCAAACCUGGCACAAAAUUCAUGCGCUUGAAGAAAGAGUUGCAGCAUCAGAUGGCAGUACAACGCACCAAUGAAUGGAAACAAAAGGAAAUGGAAAUUGAAAACUCAAAGAACGAUGACGUUUACGAUGAUGAGUUGUCUGAUUGUGAAAUGGCAGAUGAUGCUAACAAAGAUGACGAGCUGAGCGAUACUGAAAUAAGUGAACCUGAAGAAGAUGACAUACCCAUCACAGAUAAAAAAGAAACUUACAAAAGUCCUUUUUUGGAUGGGGAGGCUGAAGUUAGUGGAGAGGAAUUAGAAGAAAACCAAGAGGAAGAGUUCAGCGAAGUGGAUGAUGCUGAGGACACGGACAGCAAUGAAAGUAUUAAUGAUAAUGAAGACGUAUGUGAAGAAGAUGAGCAGAGUGAAAAUGAAGAUAGUCAAAACAAUAAGUUUGGCAAAUUAAAACGCAUAAAGAAAGCUUUCGAAGAUGACGAUUCAAAUGAUUCCGAAGCAGAGGAUACUGGAACUGGUCUAAAUAAAGAGGGAAAAAGUAGUAUCAGAAGAAUGAAAACAGAUGUUGAUAUAUUUGCAACUGACAACAAUAGCCAAGAUGACUCAAUGAGUAGUACAGAGGGUGAUUUACCCGUGUAUCAACGAUCAGACGAAAGAAGUCAGUCCUGUGCAACACCAUCAGUGAUAAAUAAUUCACUUAGUUUAAUUUCACCGAUUACACAAUUGACAGCUUUGAACACAGGCUCAGAAUUAACUAGUACAGAUUUCAGAUCAGUGCACAAUUCUUCGCAAUCAAUGACGCCGUUAGGUGUGGGAGAUACCCCAAUAGAAGAAAAACAUUAUCGUACCUACAGUCCUGAAAAACGUGAGAAGUUGCAAAAACAAUUGUUCGCUGAUAACAAGGGUUCACCAAACGAGACUGAAUUAAUGAGUUUAUGCUCCGGUCCAUUUUUCAGUCCAAGUGACAACAACGAAUUGGAUAAACUGAUGCAUACGUCAAGAAAAACAAGCGUAUCUGAUGCAGAAUUACUGGAGUUAUGCUCAGGAACCUUUGCAACUCAACCUGUUGAUAUUGAAAAACUUGAAGCUUCGCAAACGAAAGAACAGAUGAAAGAAAAACAAAAUGAAACAGAUGAUAUGAAAUUUUUGAGCCAUAGUUCAAAGAAAAUAUUUCAGCAACCUCAUUCAGAUUCGAAUGAACUUAAGAUAGUAUUUUCAUCCGAUGAUGAGGAUGACACUUUUUCUUUGUAUUUAAAAAAUAGCAAGUCAAGAAAAUCAAGGAAAAAGGUAAAAACAUUGAAACUAUCAGAUGAUGAGGACGAAAAUGAUGGCGAAAUUUCGUUGAAUUUCAAUGAGAAACAAGAUGUUGACGAAAAUUUUGUUGACUACGAUUCUGAAGAAAAUGAGAUAAUAGUACCAAAGAAGGAUAUCAAAAAAACUGCCGCUGGUUUCCUUGAUGAAGAGGCAGAAUUAUCUGAGAGUGAAUGGGGAUCUUCGGAUGAAGAUGAAAAAGAUUUGGAUAAACUUGAUAUGGAAGAGGGAGAUUUAGAAGACAUUGAUCAAGAUCAAGUUAAAAAACAAUUGGAGAAGAUGCAUAUGAAACAAGUAUUGGAUGAAGAUCAGAGAGAAGUUAGACUGUUACAGGAAAUUUUGUUAGAAGAUGGAGAACUACAUUCGGAUGGUGCAAGUCGCCAACGAAAAUUUAAGUGGAAAAAUAUUGAUAAAUUGGGGGAUGAUAAUGAACAGCCGUUGCAGAAUAUAGAUGAAGAAGCUAACACUUUAGAAGAUCCCACUGAAGUAGAAAGUGAAUUAGAAUGGCGUAAACAGAGACUGGAACGUGAGCAAUUCUUAAAAGAGCAUAAGAUAAAUGCAGCUGAGAAAUUGGAAAAGGAAAUGGACGAUAGUCAGUUAUUCGAACUUGGCCUGAGGGCCUUAAAGAGAAACAAAUGUAACAAGACUUUGAACAAAAAUUCAUCAAUUGACAGUGAAAUAUCGGGUUUGCCCGUUCCGCGUAAUACCGUUGCAGAUUUAUUUGCCAAGCCAGGUUCUGGAACAAAAACAUCUGCAAUCCAAACCGCCAUUCACCGAGGCUCGUUCUUAGCCAGGGGAGAAGAAUCCUUGGCUAGGCUUUCUUUAAUAACUAAGCAGAAUAGUGACCAAACCACCAUUAGGACAAAGAAUCCAAGGAAUUUUGUAUUCGCUCAUCUCAGUCCCGCUAUCGAAGUUUCGGCUGAAGAUGAUACGAAGUCAUAUUCCCAAGAAAAUGAUAAUACUGCAGCUGCAAAGUCACGAAAACGGAAACCAGCAUUCAACAUGACGCCGCUUGCCUCGAAGAAAUCAAAGAAAGAAUUUCACAAAAAUAGUAGAAGUAAACUGUUUGAUUAAAAUGUCGAACAUGUAGCAAUAUUUUUUUACCCUACACAAGUGAUAGUGAUAACAAUGUAUAUAUAAUAUAGCCAUUUGCAUAGUGUAGUUAUACCCGCGGUGUUAUAUCUAUAUAUCAGUGCUUAUGUGUCACGAAAAACGGCAACUCUUAAAACGUUAACGUGUUGCAUGUUGCUUAUCCAGAGUUUGACAGGCGCAA